AUGUCUGAUAUUACUGAAAAGACUACUGAACAAUUGGAGAAGUUGAGUUUGCAAGAACAACCUGCUUCUCAGGAGGAAUCCAGUUCUGGUUCUGCUGCCGAGGUCUCAUCUGCUUCCAAUGGCGGUAACUCUGGCACUGCUGUCGACUCUGCCUCUUUAUACGUCGGUGAACUAGAUCCUUCUGUCUCAGAAGCAUUGUUGUAUGAUAUCUUCUCACCAAUUGGCCCUGUUUCUUCUAUCCGUGUCUGUAGGGAUGCUGUCACCAAGACUUCUUUGGGUUACGCCUAUGUCAACUUCAAUGAUCAUGAUUCAGGUAAAGUCGCCAUCGAAAAGUUGAAUUACACUCCUAUCAAGGGUAAGCCUUGUCGUAUUAUGUGGUCCCAACGUGAUCCUUCCAUGAGAAAGAACGGUUCAGGUAAUAUCUUCAUCAAGAACUUACAUGCUGACAUCGAUAACAAGGCUUUACACGAUACCUUCUCCGUCUUUGGUAACAUUUUAUCUUGUAAGAUUGCUACUGAUGAAACUGGUAAGUCUAAAGGUUUUGGUUUCGUCCAUUUCGAAGAAGACACCGCUGCGUCAGAAGCUAUCGAUGCCAUUAACGGUAUGAUGUUGAACGGUUUGGAAGUUUACGUCGCUGCUCACGUAUCAAGAAAGGACCGUGAAUCCAAGUUCGAAGCUGCCAAGGCUAACUUCACCAACGUUUACGUUAAAAACGUAGAUCUAGAAGCCACCGAGGAAGAAUUCGAAGAGUUAUUCAAGAAAUUCGGCCCAAUUACUUCCAUCUCCAUGGAAAAGGACUCUGAAGGCAAAUUCAGAGGUUUCGGUUUCGUCAACUACGAAAACCACGAAUCUGCCGCUAAAGCAGUCGAUGAAUUAAACGAUUUGGAAUUCAAGUCUCAAAAAUUAUACGUCGGUAGAGCCCAAAAGAAAUACGAACGUUUACAAGAAUUAAAGAAGCAAUACGAAGAAGCCAAGCUAGAAAAGAUGGCCAAAUACCAAGGUGUUAACUUGUUCGUCAAGAACUUGGAUGACACCAUCGAUGAUGAAUUGUUGAAGAAGGAAUUCGAAUCCUUCGGAACCAUCACUUCUGUCAAAGUCAUGAGAAAUGAAACUGGUAAAUCUAAAGGUUUCGGUUUCGUUUGUUUCUCUUCCCCAGAAGAAGCUACCAGAGCUAUCACUGAAAAGAACCAACAAAUCGUCGCCGGCAAGCCAUUGUACGUUGCUUUGGCUCAAAGAAAAGACGUCAGACGUUCUCAAUUGGCUCAACAAAUCCAAGCCAGAAACCAAAUGAGAUACCAACAAGCUACUGCUGCUGCUGCCGCUGCCGCCGCCGGUAUCCCAGGUCAAUUCAUGCAACCAAUGUUUUACGGUGUCAUGCCACCAAGAGGUGUCCCAUUCAAUGGCGCUAACCCACAACAAUUUGCUGGUAUGCCUCCACAACAAUUUAGAAAUGGUGCUCCAGUUUAUGCUGGUAUGCCACCACAAGGUGCUGGUGCUCCACCAAGAAAUGACCAAUUUUUUGCUCAACAAAACCAAAGACAAGCUUUGGGUGAAGAAUUAUACAAGAAAGUUUCUGCAAAGACAUCCGAUGAAGAAGCUGCUGGUAAGAUUACAGGUAUGAUCUUAGACUUACCACCACAAGAAGUCAUGCCUUUGUUGGAAAAUGAUGAAUUGUUUGAACAACACUUCAAGGAAGCCUUUGCUGCUUACGAAUCUUUCAAAAAGGAACAACAACAAGCUUGA